AUGCGCAAGCCCCCCGUGAAGUUGUCGCUGCCUCUCGAAUUCCAGCAGGACAUCUUCAAGGAGUUGCGAGAGGACGACGAAAUCGUAAUUCUUGCACGCGGUCUCGGCAUACUGCGCAUAGUCACGAACCUCCUCCACUCAUACGAUGCCGCCGGAAACAAUCUGAUAAUCCUUGUCGGCGCCGACGAACGCGAAAAUGUGUGGAUUGGCGAGGCGCUCGCGGAGCAUGCGGCCGUCAGCCAAGCAGCGAAGGCGCGUGGGCUUAGCCUGGUCAAUACAGACUUGAUGAGUGUGGGGACACGCGAGAAGAUGUAUUCUCAGGGCGGUAUCUUCAGCAUCACGUCGCGCAUCCUGAUCGUCGACUUCUUGUCGGGCCUACUGAAUCCGGAGACCGUUACGGGUGUUGUGGUGCUCCACGCAGAGAAGGUCCUUGCGACGAGCCUUGAAGCGUUCAUCCUGAGGAUAUACAGGCAGAAGAAUAAGUCCGGGUUCUUGAAAGCGUUCUCGGAUAGCCCGGAACCAUUCACUACGGGCUUUGCGCCGCUGGCGAAUAUGAUGAAGAAUCUGUUCUUGUCAAAGCCCGCGUUGUACCCGAGAUAUCAUGUUGCGGUCGCAAAUUCGCUCGAAGGGCGCAAGAAGGCUGAGGUCAUUGAGCUGGAAGUGCCCAUGACCGAUGCGAUGCGCGACAUUCAAAAUGCUGUGCUGGAAUGUGUUGAGUGUAGCAUCAGCGAGCUGCGGAAGAGUAAUUCUGGCAUCGAGAUGGAGGAUUGGACGCUGGACAGUGCGCUACACCGGAACUUUGAUACCAUCAUCAGACGGCAGCUGGACCCAGUGUGGCAUCGGACAACGUUUAAAACGCGACAGGUUGUGCGAGACCUUACCCUCCUACGAACGAUUUUGCAUGCUCUCCUGACGUAUGAUGCGGUAGACUUCAAUAGAUACCUGGACACUGUGUUGGCCGCAUCACAGCCUCCGCCAGGCUCAACAAAGCAGAAUCAGUCUCCGUGGUUAUUCCUCGACGCGGCAGACACGAUCUUCACGGUAGCAAAGCAACGGGUGUACAAGGGCAAAAUUUCUAACGCCGACCUGGUCAGAACUUCUAACGACGCCGUAGUGGAUUCUCUCGAGCCAGUCCUGGAGGAGCAACCGAAGUGGGCCCAGCUCGCCGAGAUCCUGCAAGAAAUCGAACAAGAUGCAUAUCUAAACCCGACACCACAAGAUUCGUCUAAUGGUGCUAUUUUAAUCAUGUGCGGCGACCAAGGCACGUGCAGACAGAUCCGCGAAUAUUUACAGAUCAUGUAUGUCAAGCCUGAGGACGAACAAGACCAUGACGAGAAUGAGCCCUCCGCCAAAUUCUUGAUGCGUCGCAAAUUGCGCAAUUAUCUGACGUGGAAGCGAGACUUCACGAAUUUCAGCGCUGCGCUCUUCUCUGAGAACCAAAAAGCUAUCAAUACCAGCACAGAGAACAAAGUGGGUAGUGGCAGGAAUGGAAAGCCACCGCCAAACAAACGUAGACGAAUGCGCGGCGGUGGCUUGGGAACUGCCUCGACGCGUACUGAGAUAGGCACAAUCCGAACCGCUGGCGAUCGCGAUGCACACAUUGCGAGUCUGAUGGCUGAACUGCAGCCUUCCGAGUUGGAGGCCAUGCAGAAAGGCGAAGUCGGCGUCGACCCCCUAGACAACAUGGAAGACUACUACGAGCUCUUCAACAUGAACGACCUAAUUGUAGUACACCCCUACGAUGGCGACCUCGAUGAGCAUAUCCUCGAAGAGACGAAGCCUCGCUAUGUAAUCAUGUACGAGCCUGAUGCUGCCUUCAUCCGCCGUAUCGAGGUCUACCGCUCAUCACAUACUGAUCGCACCGUCAAAGUCUUCUUCAUGUACUACGGGGGUAGCGUGGAAGAGCAGCGCUACCUUUCUGGUGUCCGUCGGGAGAAAGACGCUUUCACACGCCUCAUCAAAGAAAGAGGGAACAUGGCCAUGACGAUCAACCCCAACGCCAACCUUGCCCCUGAAGAGUCCUUCCUCCGCACAAUCAACACCCGUAUAGCAGGUGGAGGCCGCCUCGCCGCAACGGCCCAGCCCCCACGCGUCGUCGUCGACGUCCGCGAAUUCCGUUCUUCGCUUCCCUCCCUCCUCCAUGGCAAAUCCAUUGUUGUAGUUCCCUGCAUGCUCACAGUCGGCGACUACGUGCUCACACCAGAAAUCUGCGUCGAGCGCAAGUCCGUCCGCGACCUCAUUGGCUCCUUCUCCAACGGUCGACUCUUCAAUCAAGUAGAAAGCAUGAUGGAGCACUACAAGUCCCCCAUGCUCCUCAUUGAGUUCGACGCCGGCAAGUCGUUCACCCUAGAACCCUUCAGCGACCUCUCUGCCCCAGGGAGCAUCGCGAACGCACCGGACCUACAGUCUAAACUAGUCAUGCUGACGCUGGCGUUCCCGCGCCUGAAAAUCAUCUGGUCGUCCAGCCCUUACCAGACAGCUGAGAUCUUCAUGGAGCUCAAGAAGCAGGCCGAGGAGCCAGAUCCUUUACGCGCAGUACAGCUCGGCCUCGAUCCGAAAAUGGCUGGCGACGAUAUGCGCAGUUUUAGCCAGGUUACGCAGGAUAUGCUAAGGGCGCUGCCGGGGGGUCAAUGA